AUGUUAGUGCGGACGGUGUCCAAGGCUAUCGUAAAACGCGCACCUGAACCUAAAGCCAAAGCUAUCGUAAAACGUGCACCUGAACCUAAAGCCAAAGCUAUCGCAAAACGUGCACUUCGACCUAAAGCCAAAGCUAUCGCAAAACGUGCACCUGAACCUAAAGCCAAAAUAUUGUAA